UGUAAGGAAGCAAAGAGCAAAUCACCUGCAUGACUUUUCUCUGGGUCAAGACGCGGAGUGAUUCUUGACUUCCCCCGCUACAUGGACGCGUGAGGCGCGCAGCUGUGGACAGAGGAUAUUUAUUAAAUAACAUUUCAGUCAUGAUGAAAGUUCAACUGCUACUGCCGCUGACCAUUAUGGCGUCAGUCACCAUGGUUCUGAUCCUCAAGACUCGCAAAAGGGAGGAAGACCGGGAGGAUCGGCGGUUUCGGUUCGAGAGUAUUCGGCUUCGGGUCACCAUCGACGUGCUGACAGAGCACCAGAAUGAGAAGGCGACCCUCCAGCAACAGUAUGACAACGCCAAAGAGGAGGAAGGCACUCUGAGGGAGGCUUCCACAGUGUUCCAGUCGAACGUGCUUGAAAACAUGGGGAAGCUGGACACCUGCCACCAAGAGAAGAGACAAAUAAAAAGUCAGCUGGAUUCUGAGGAGAAAAACCUUAACACGCUAAUAACUGAUAUGAAAACGGAGACGGACAUCUGGCUGGCUGAGAUUGACUCGCUCAAAAACCUACGAAGUGCAAAGAGUCCCGCUUGUAAAUUUUUGCAGCCCAACUCAGACCAAGAAAGACUUUAUUGUAGGAACACGUUUAUCGUGGAGCCGAGACCACCAGAGCCAAAACCGGCAGUACUGAAACCGCCGAUGCCGAAAGCGGCACUGCCCAAAGCACCGGUGCCAAAUGCUCCAGAGCAGAAAGCACCGGAACCAAAAGUUCCACAGCCGAAGCCCAUGGCAGUGAAAGUAGCAGAGCCUAAAGCAGCAGACCCCAAUGCAGCACAGCCUGAAGCUGAAGAGCCAAAGCCAGAUCAACCCGUAGCACGAGGACGAAGGAAGGUUGUCCGCAGAGUGAGGAGGAAAGGAAGACCAGCCAAGCCAAGUGACACAGAAGUCUAAAGUCACUCCAAACAUGUUCACUGUGCUACAGCUUUUGCUGCUUUUGUCAUACUUGGUUCAGGGAGAAGCUGGUGUCGCCAUGUUUGUUGUUUAAAUGUUAUAUUUAUUUAAUAUGUUGAUGUUCAACAUUGAUUUUUGUAAAAGCUCUUCAUGAAUGAGGAUUUAAAAUGUAAUGAUGAAUGAGUGUGAGUCAUUGCUGGGAAUUCUAUAAACAGUAGGGUACAUGAUAAAAAUACUUUUGGGAAGAUGACGCAUAUGAGAAAGAAUGUUUUUGUAAAUCAGUUUUAAUACGUGAAAAUUCAACAUUUGAUUCAUGAUACAGUUUCAUCAACGUUUGCUGCAGUAGCGAGUCAGUUACACUCCACUGACUUCUGCAGAGAAAUAUAAUAAUCCUAAACAAAUGUGAAGAUACCAACACUGCUUAGCGCAACCCAUAAGAGCUACACAGUUACAACUUAGGAUUCUUGUCCACAUGUGCUGAUCAGUAUUACUGUCCGUUGUUUGGCCUCCAAAUUGUUAUUGUCUGUUGAAUUUUAUUAUAUGUUUCACAUGUUAAUGUUAUGGUUUAUCAUAUUAUCUUUAGCGUUACGUCCGUGGUUGGUGUUUUGAGAAUGGGAGACAAAUAAAGAAGAGAGAAACAUUUUGCUAGCUCAUCACUUUCCUGUGACCUGUGUGAUGUUUCGCUACAAGCCCUCACAAAGCAUAAUGAAGAUGGUGGAAAUCUUUUCCUCUUAAUAGUUCAUGUUGCAAAAAGUAAUGGUGCCCAGCCCUGUUGUUUUGCGAUCUGAAUGGUCUCAGCUUUUAGAAUAAAGGUGUCCAAAUGUUACGGUUGAG